AUGAUGAAAGACGACCAAUUACCUAAUGAUGUUAUGAUUUUCGCCGCAAGCCGGGACAAGUCUUUCUCGUCGACAGAAUACAGCCCCUCCAAAAGUCCAAGGCGGUUUGGCGGGACAUCGCGAGAGGCAUUGCCCCGAUGCCAGCCAAUUAGCUGGCCCGCAAGGUGGCUCCGGGAUAUUCCAGGUCCCCAGUACGGAGUAAUUACGGAGCAUAUCUGCCCUGUAGGAUCCAAUGUGCCUGUUACGAAGUACGUAUGCAUGGGUACGGGCAUUCAACUUCGCGAGCCAAAAAAGGUUUGUGGGCGGGGUGUGUUGGCGGUUGAUGGCAUCAUCGUCGUUUGGAUCGCCUUCUCUGGCCGCCCUGAGGUACUCGAAGCUUAA